AUGUCGAACACUAGAAACAUGAACAACAACAACUUCUGGGACUUUGUCGCCAGUCUCCAGAACAACCAGGGCGCAGCUCCCUUCGCUGAAGGCAGAGGCUCUGCACCUGAUUUUGAUCCUUUCGGUCAAGAGUUCUGGGGUCCUUGGGCUCAUCGUGGCAGACGUCACGGUCCUCAUCAAGGUCCUCAUGGCCACAGGCAUGGCGGAGAUGGUCCAAGAGGCCCACCUCCACCACCUCCUGAGCACGAUAGAAAUGCUCCUCCACCACCUCCUCCUGCCAACGAGCACCCAUCUCGCUCAUCGUCUCCUCACACUCCUCCUGAGACGCCUGCAGAGCCUCACCAUCACCCCCACCCGCACUCUCGUGGACCAUCCCCACCUCCCCACCAUGGUCUUCGUCAUCACGAAGGGCCCGGCCACCAUCACCCCAGAGGACCAUCGCCGCAUCGCCGAGGAAGAGGCGGACACCAUUCCAGAGGUGGUCCUAGAGGAGGCCAUGGACCUAGGGGCGGACACCACAAUCAUCCUCGUGGGCCCCCUCACCCCCCUGCCUUCCCCUUCGACCUCAACGCUCUAGCCGAAGCCUUUGCACCUGCGCUCUUCGGCGGCAACAACCCCUUCGCCAACAAUCAGACCACCAACGAUGUAACCAGGGCUACCAACAACGACGGCACCUUCACUCCUUCCAUCGAUCUCUUCAGCACGCCCACAAGCUACAUCCUGCACUCCUCGCUCCCAGGCGCCAAAAAGUCCGACCUCGACAUAACCUACUCCUCCACCCGCAACAGCAUCACCAUCUCGGGCGUAGUGUCCCGCCCCGACAUUUCCGAAUCCAUGAUGAAUUGUCUGGUCACCGACGAACGCCGCGAAGUCGGCAUUUUCGAGCGAGAGAUUAAGCUUGAAGAGGGUGUCAAGAUUGAUGAAGAGAGAAUUGGCGCUAAACUCGAGGAUGGAGUUUUGAGGGUUGUGGUGCCCAAGAUUGCGGAGCAGGAAGAAGAGGGAUGGGAGAGUGUUAGGAAGGUUGAGUUGGAGUAG